AUGGAAGAACAAGCGAACCCAGCACUCACGGAAAAAGCUGUCUAUGUUCGUGAGGAGCAGAGCCAUGAGACCCUCACAACUCUCCACGAUGGUGAAGAACGUCUUUCAAAGGCGCCGGUCUCUGCGGAGCUGUCUGCCAAGGUUUUGAGCAUGCAAGAACGAGAUCUGGCUGCAGGGUAUAACAAGCGCGAGCUAGGGGUCACCUGGCAGAACCUGAACGUCGAAGUCCUUUCAGCAGAGGCGGCAGUUAACGAGAACUUCGUCUCGCAAUUCAACCUCGUUCGACUUGCACGUGAUUUCCGCAAAAAGGCUCCGAUGCGAUCCAUCCUGAUGGACAGCCAUGGCUGCGUGAAGCCAGGGGAAAUGCUUCUUGUUCUGGGCCGUCCGGGCUCCGGCUGUACUACCUUGUUGAACGUCCUCUCCAACCGGAGAGUUGGCUACCGAUCGGUCACGGGCAAUGUCAGCUUUGGUAGUAUGACACCUGAAGAGGCCGUGCCGUAUCAGGGCCAAAUCGUGAUGAACAGCGAGGAGGAGAUCUUUUUUCCUACUUUGACCGUGGGCCAGACCAUGGACUUUGCCACCCGGCUGAAGAUCCCUUUUCACCGUCCUGAAGGGGCCUCGCCGGCAGACUGGGCGGGGGAAUUCAAGCAGUUUCUCCUGGAAUCUAUGAAGAUCGCACAUACCCAUGAAACUAAAGUUGGAAACGAGUUCGUGCGUGGCGUCUCUGGCGGAGAGAGGAAGCGCGUUUCCAUUAUCGAGUGUAUGGCAACAAGAGGCUCGGUUUUUUGUUGGGACAACAGCACUCGCGGCUUGGACGCAUCGACGGCUCUUGAAUGGGCAAAAGCUCUGCGAGCGAUGACCGAUAUCCUGGGCCUCACCACGAUUGUGACAUUAUACCAAGCUGGCAACGGUAUUUUUGAUUUGUUUGACAAGGCCUUGGUGCUGGAUGAAGGCAGGCAAAUAUAUUACGGCCCUGCAUCCUCGGCAAAGCCUUUUAUGGAAGAGCUAGGGUUUUGCUAUACCGAUGGCGCCAAUGUGGCGGAUUUUCUGAGUGGUGUCACCGUGCCAACUGAGCGGAAGAUUCUCCCAGGGUAUGAGAAUUCCUUUCCCAGAACUCAUGAUGAACUUCUCGCAGUCUAUCAGAAGUCGCCAAUUUGCAAAGAUAUGAUGACGGAAUAUGACUAUCCCACGACACCACUGGCCAAGGAAAGGACGGUUGCAUUUCAAGAAUCUGUCGCUUUCGAGAAAGAUAAUUCACUGCAGAGAAACAGUCCCUUCACCAUCUCGUUCCUACAACAGCUCAAAAUCUGUGUCAUCCGCCAAUAUCAAGUCAUCUGGGGUGAAAAGGCCACAUUCUUUAUUCGACAAUUUGUGUCUCUGGCCAUGGCUCUAAUUGUGGGCUCCUGCUUCUAUAAUUCACCGGAUACUUCAGCUGGUUUAUUUACAAAAGGUGGGGCGAUCUUUUUCUCCCAGGUCUACCAGGUGACCCUGGCCAUGGCUGAAGUCACCGGCUCAUUCAGAGGGCGACCGAUUGUGCUCAAACACAGAGCUUUCGGCUACCACCAUUCAGCUGCCUACGCUCUAGCAAUCCUAGCCGCAGAACUCCCUGUCGUCAUCUUUCAAUGUACCAUUCUGACGGUUGUUCUGUAUUGGAUGGUUGGUCUCAAGGCAACGGCUGGUGCCUUUUUCACCUUCUGGAUCAUUCUCAUUGCUAUAACAUUCUGUAUCAAUGCCAUGUUCCGGUCAAUUGCUGCAGCAUCCCCGAAUCUGGAAGUGGCAUCCAAUCUAUCUGGUGUCAUCAUGAAAUUCCUGGUCAUGUACACUGGCUACAUGAUUCCCAAACCUCACAUCAAAAAUUGGUUUGUGGAGCUUUACUAUGCGAAUCCAAUGGCCUACUCGUUCCAAGCUGCUUUGACCAAUGAGUUUCAUGAUACCACAAUGCCUUGUGUCGGCUCGUCUUUGAUUCCCCACGGAGAGGGCUACAGCAACUCUGAGUACCAGUCUUGCGCUGGUGUCCAGGGGGCAGAAAAGGGGGCUACCUUCGUUACUGGUGACAACUAUCUUGCUGCUCUUCACUGGAAACAUUCGCAACUCUGGCGCAACUUUGGAGUGAUUUGCGGAUGGUGGGCAUUUUUUGUGAUUAUAGCAAUUGUGUCAACGUGCAUGUGGAAGGCCCAAGGAGCAGGCAGCAGCUCGCUUCUCAUCCCUCGAGAAAAAAUGAAGCACUUUCAGCAUCAUAACGAUGAAGAAACCCAAUCAUCAGGCAACAAAGAAUCGCCGACGAUCCGGACCAUUGCCGCUAAUGAUGAUCAGAACGGAGCUAAUCUUAUGCGGAAUACUUCGGUCUUCACGUGGAAAAACUUGACAUAUACCGUCCAGACUCCCUCGGGAGAUCGCGUGCUUCUGGACAAUAUUUAUGGAUGGGUUAAACCCGGAAUGCUUGGUGCUCUCAUGGGAUCAUCUGGAGCGGGUAAAACGACUUUACUUGAUGUACUGGCACAACGAAAAACCGAGGGCACGAUUCGGGGAACUGUCUUGGUUGACGGCCGUGAACUCCCAAUGUCUUUUCAAAGAAUGGCAGGAUACUGCGAACAACUUGAUGUUCACGAACCGUUUGCAACUGUGAGAGAGGCCCUCGAAUUUUCAGCCCUUCUUCGUCAACCUGAACAUGUCCCGAAGGAAGAGAAAUUAGCCUAUGUUGAUACGAUUAUUGAUCUCUUGGAACUUCAUGAUCUUGCAGAUACAUUGAUCGGAAGUGUCGGUGAGGGACUAAGUGUCGAACAACGCAAGCGCGUUACCAUUGGCGUUGAGCUUGUUUCCAAGCCCAGUAUUCUCAUCUUCUUGGAUGAGCCGACAUCUGGGCUUGAUGGCCAAUCUGCUUAUAAUACAGUCAGGUUCCUGCGCCGGCUGGCUGAUGCUGGUCAGGCAAUCUUGGUUACCAUUCAUCAACCCUCUGCACAAUUAUUCGCUCAGUUCGACACACUUCUUCUUCUCGCUCGCGGGGGCAAAAUGGUUUACUUUGGCGAUAUCGGUGAUAAUGCUUGUACAGUCAAGGGCUAUUUCGCACAGUACGGAGCACCCUGUCCCGUGACCAGCAAUCCUGCUGAACAUAUGAUUGAUGUGGUCACUGGCGGCAUCGAAGCUGUGAAGGAUAAGGAUUGGCAUGAAGUUUGGCUUGAUUCUAAAGAGAACGCCGCCGCCUUAGCGGAGCUGGAUGAAAUCGUUGCCGACGCUGCUGCCAAACCACCAGGAACCGUCGAUGACGGUAAAGAGUUCGCCACAUCCCUCUGGACCCAAAUCAAGCUUGUUACGCAAAGAAUGAAUGUGGCCUUGUUAAGAAACACCAAAUAUGUGAACAACAAACUGGAGCUGCAUAUUAUCUCUGCCUUGCUGAAUGGAUUUUCGUUUUGGCAUCUUGGGCAUACUGUUCAAGGUCUGCAGCUGAAAAUGUUCACCAUCUUCAAUUUCACCUUUGUCGCACCGGGUGUGAUUAAUCAGCUGCAACCUUUGUUUAUUCAACGCCGCGAUAUAUAUGAUGCUCGCGAGAAGAAGUCGAGAAUGUAUUCUUGGAUUGCCUUUGUUACAGGCCUUAUUGUGUCUGAAUUUCCUUAUCUCUGUCUCUGUGCUGUUGCCUACUUUGUCUGUUGGUACUACCAGACCAACUUGCCUCAUGCAUCGAAUGAAGUUGGUGCAACUUUCUUCAUUAUGCUCAUCUAUGAGUUUAUUUAUACCGGUAUCGGGCAAUUUGUGGCCGCCUACGCUCCAAAUGCAACAUUUGCAGCUCUGGUCAAUCCUCUGAUUGUCAACAGCUUGGUGUUAUUCUGUGGCGCUUUUGUUCCUCAGCCAGAGUUGAAUGUUUUCUGGAAGUAUUGGUUCUACUACCUGAAUCCUUUCAACUAUGUUGUGGGCGGCAUGCUCACAUUCGGAAUUUGGAAUGCCGAGGUGGAGUGCAGCUCAGAGGAAUUUGCUUAUUUCGAUCCGCCUAACGGAACAUGCAAAGACUAUCUGGCUGAGUUUAUGGCUGGCGCAGGCUCGGCCAUCAAUCUCAUCAACCCAGAGGCAACCUCCCAAUGUCAAGUCUGUGAAUAUAGCCGGGGAAGGGAUUACCUGAAGACACUUAACAUCGAGCACUACUACUAUGGCUGGCGCGAUGCUGGAAUCUGCGUCAUCUACGCGAUCAGCGGCUAUAUGUUGGUGUUUGCCAUGAUGAAGCUUCGAACUAAGGCUUCCAAGAAGGCAGAGUAG